AUGAGCGCCGACCCUUUCAAUAUUCAACUGCUCACUUCUGAGCUCCAGGCGACCUUGAAAUGUGAUAUCCUGACUCCCGACUCUCCCGGGUACGCCGAGAGUAUUCUGAGGUGGAACGAUGCGGUUCCCAAUAAUGCUGUAAGAAUCAGUAACGAUUACAGCAAAGGUGCUCGCUAA